AUUAAAAGUUAUGUUUUCCGAGUGAAAUUUAAAAUUUAUACUGCGUUUUAAUGAAUGCUCUUCAUUUGACAUUUUUUGCAAAAUAUUGUAUGUAACUAUGUACUCUAAGUACUACAGAAUCUAUGACACUUAUAAAGCAAGAUAUAAAAUAAGGGAUAAAAUUCAUGCCCCAUAAUUUUAUAUACUUUGUGCUAUCUACUCUACUACAAAAAAAAUUCUCCCUCUCUUGUUGUACAAAGCAAUAAGAAUGACGUAGCAAUGUAUUUUCAAAUUAAACAUUCAUCGUUUAGAAGGUACAGAAAACGAACCAAUGUACGUAUAGCUUAAACACGAUUUAAUUUAUUUUCGGCAAUAUUCGAAUUAUUCUCAUUUCCUCUUUGGUUUUACUGACAAACUAUGAAAGUUUUAACUGAUUUACCGUUAGUGUCAAGAUUAUCUUCGAGAGUCAUACGAAUUUUAGGAUGUAACAAAGGAAUUCUGACAUUACAAGGUACAAACACAUAUCUUGUUGGUACAGGUACUAGACGCAUAUUAAUAGAUGCAGGUGAAGAAAAAUCCUCCAAUGAGUAUACAAAAGUAUUGCGUGAAGUCUUAGAAAAAGAGAAAGCAACUAUUCAACAUUUAUUAAUUACACAUUAUCACCAUGACCAUUUAGGAGGAGUAAAUUAUGUUUUAGAUAUGUUAAAAGCAAUUGAUACCACAGGAUGCACCAGUGUGUGGAAAUUACCAAGAGCUUCUAAUGACAAAAACUCCACUAAACUUGAAAUGCAAGUUCAAUGGGAAAAUUUAAAAGAUAAGCAGAUAGUGGAAGUAGAAGGAGCUAAACUGCGUGUUGAGUAUACUCCAGGACAUGCAUCCGAUCAUGCUUGCUUUAUGCUCGAAGACGAAAAGAUACUGUUUAGUGGAGAUUGUGUUCUUGGUGAAGGUACUGUUGUUUUUGAGGAUUUAGAAGUCUACCUGGCUUCUCUGAGAAAAAUGUUGGGAAUGCAGGCAAAAAUGAUAUAUCCAGGUCAUGGACCUGUAAUAGAAGAUCCAGAAAGUGUAAUUAAUUAUUAUAUUAAGCACAGGUUAAAACGAGAGAAUGACAUUUUGGAUAUCCUGCAGCAAAAUGCAAAAGAUGAUGCAUUAUCUGAAGCAGAUAUUGCAAAACUUUUAAACAUGAACGUUUCAAAACAUUUGUGGGAAGCAGUAAUCUACAGCAUAGAGCGUCAUCUUGAGAAAUUAGUAAAAGAAGGUAAAGUGAAAGGCGAGAAAGGAAAGUGGCAAAGUAUGUAACUAAAAUGAUUUUAGCAAAUUAUUUAAUUUUAAAUUGUAAAUUGUUAAAUUAUCUAUAGUGUUUAUAAAAUGCUUGUAAAUAUUAUACAAAAGGAGAGAAUACAAUGUUCUAUUGUUUCAUGAUUUA